UGUCUUGGGCGUUACUCUCAGUGCUGCUGGGAAAGAGGCAGGAAGGCAGGCCGCCGGGGUCUGUCUGCCCAUAGAAACACCAGCGGGAGAGAGGGGGACAGCCGGAGCGACGCAGCCAGACAGCAUGAGACGCUGGUGGGAUCCCGCUGCCAUUCUGGCGGUGAUGUUCAGCACCGCCCAAGCCAUGUACACCAUCCACCAAGAACCGUCGAGUUUCGACGGGGCGCUCGGCGUUUGCCUGACCGACGGAUUUCUCGCCAGCAUGGCCACCGAGAAAGACGUGCAGCACCUCCUGAGCUCUGUCGCCGCCUCGCUGAAGACCGCCGGCAGCUUCGAAUUCUGGGUGGGUUUGCGGAAACCGGCGGGGACCUGCAACCGGGAGGACCUCCCGCUCCGCGGCUUCAUGUGGACGCGGAGCAACAGCAGCGAUUCGGCCAUCAGCCGCUGGAGGAGGACGCCUGUGGGAACCUGCACCAGCGAGCUCUGUGGGCUGCUGUCGCUCGACUUCGACGGAGGGAAGGUGAAGGACUGGGGCUGGGCCGACUCCAGGUGCGCCAAGCCACACGGCUUUAUCUGCAAGAGCGGACGGGGUGGGACUUCCUCUCCUCCGGACACCUUGGAGGCCGGGUCCCCCAGCCCGGCUGCAAGCCUCACGACCAGCAGCAGCGUCAUCACAAAAAUCCGGGACAGCACCUCGGAGGCCGGGGCCCCUUGCUCUGUCGGGGGUACGUCCUGCGGAGGACCGCAGCUGCCUUCCGAACCCCCACGCCCUGCUCCAUCUCGCAGCCCAGAGAAAGAGAGAAUCCCGACUCCCAGCCCGGCUGCAGGCCUCACGACCAGCAGCAGCGUCAUCAGCCAAAUUCGGGACAGCACCUCAGACAAGUACAGCAUUUUCAUACCAGUGCUCGUGGCGUUGCUGGUGCUGGUACUGUUGGUAGUGGUGGCCUUGGUUGUCGUCAAAUGCUGUUUCAAGAAGCAGCCGAAAAAAAAAGCCAGCCAGACUAAAAACGGGAAACCGGAGAUGACUGUCGAUCUGACAGACACGGACCUAGGCCAGGCAGAAACCACAGCCUGAAACCGACCAGACUCGAGUCUGGUGCAAAACCAGAGCCUGAGGCUAACCACAGCUUUGGACGGGAAAGGAACACUUUCAAGAGGUUGAGCGCACAACACCACAGAUUGAUGCCGGCUUGCCAAAAAUGUCAUGUAUGAUAACUAGAAGAAAGUGACAGAGCCAUUUGGGUUUGUUAUAGAGAAAAAUGCUGUAGAUAUUUUAAUGUAUGGUUUAGAUCUUUAUUUUUGCGUCAGGGUUGUAUAGCUCUUUAUGGCUGAGCACAUUUUUUUACAUUUUGCUGCUGGUUUGGGCCAUUGUUUUUAUAGUCUGUAUUCUUUUACAUUUCUAACAUGUUUAUAAGGAAAAAAGGAAAGGCACAGAUAUCAUUUCUGAUAUACAUUAUGUAAUAUUAAGACACACUAUUGCACACAUUCUGACCUCUACAAAUAAAAUAAAAAAUGUUCAAAAUUGUAA